AUGGCAGAUCCAUUCGCAAAUCUACUCACAUCUUUGAAAGAAGAGAAGAAAACAAAUAAAAAUGAGGUAGGCAACCAGGUCACAAACACUUUAAAUGCAGAUUUGAAUAAUAAUGAUUUAUUACAAAGUAAUUCGAAGCCUUUGGUAGUUCCUUCUCAUGAGAUUAAUAUGAAUGAUUCUAUUCAUAAUGAUCUUGAUGAUCUCUUUGGAUUUUCUUCCCAAAGUAAUACACCAGCUCCAAUUCCACAACGACAACCAGUAAAUGGAAGCACUGCAAAUAAUGAUGAUGAUGAUUUUAUGAGUGUCUUUGAUAAUUUUGAUUCCAAAGAACAAAGUACUCAACAAUAUAUAUCUGAAAACCCAUUACCUUCAUCGUCUAAUGAAAAUGUAUCAGUAGUGGUAGAUGAAAUAAAAGAUAUGGAAGUAGCGCAAUUGAUGUCCUUAGGUAUGUCAAUCGAUAAAGCUAAUAAAUAUUACAAUAAAGGGGUAUUAUAUGAUGAUAUAAUUAAAAAUAGAAAAUUGAAACAAAUGCAAGAAAGGAGACAGGAAAAUGAUAGAGUAGGAACAACAUUCUUCAGUGAUUCCAAUACUAAUAAGAAAAAUAUAUCUUCAUCAAUUUUCUCUGUGGCAACAGAUUUCUUAAAUAAAGGUAAAGAUCUUGUGGAUCAAUUAACCGCAUACCCUGAUGAAGAAGCUAAUAGGCUUUAUAAAUACAAUGGAAAUGAUAGUAAUUCCGCUGGGAACAUAUAUGAUGAAAGGUCUCGUUUUAAGCCAUCUAUGAAUAAAGCAAUGUUAUUAGAUGAUGAAACCAAUCCAUUCGAUAUUAAUAAUUAUGAAGCGAAAUUAGAGACACAACCUUCAAGAACAUCGAAUACAUUGGUUUUUAAAGUACCUACAAAUGUAACCGAAUCAUCUACCCAAGUUCCAGAUUCUAUUGAAGGGGAUUUGUUAGAUGAUUUCAAUGAAAAUGUGAUUAUCUCAGAACCAAUGGUUAAAUUACCAGCACAUUCACCUUCUAGGGAAUAUUCUUAUACCAAGUCAGAACAACCAGUUCAAUCGACACUAUUAGAUUUCGAUUCUGACUCAGGGAACAAUACAAGUAAUACAACCGGGUCUAGAAAUAGCACAUUACCAAUAGUUCAUAUAUCUACCAUGGAAUUAUCUGGUUAUAAUGAGUUUAAUUUGAAUGCUAAGGAGUUGUUUGGUAAUGGGAAUUAUAGCUCAGCUUUUGAGGAAUAUGAAAAAUCAUUAAAUACGCUUCCUUCUUUGCAUCCGUUACGUAUAGUGGCAUUGUCUAAUAUGAUAAUAUCUCAAAUGAAGAUAGGUGACUAUUCUAAAUGUAUUGAAAAUGCAAAACUUUCGUUGAAUAUGUUUCCAAGUGAUAAAGUUCAAUGGAAUAAUACCAUUCAAAACAGUAAUCCUCCUAAGACUUACAAAGAAUUAUGGUCAAAGAUUAUUUCAAGACAAGCAGAAGCCUAUGAACAUCAAGAAAAUUUCGAGGCCGCCCUUGACGCUUUACAGUUAUUACUUCAAAACGGUAUCCACGAUCCAAAAAUUAUGAGCGCCAAGAGAAGAUGUCAAAAGGUUCUGAAUCCGGAAGCCUUCGUUUCAAAACCAAAGAUAAAUUCAUCUACUCCAGCUCCUAAGCCUAUGGAUAAACGUGAAACUAAAAGAAAUAUCGAGACCGAGCCAAAAAUAAAUAAAAACGUAGAGGAAAUAAAAGAACAACAUAACAAAGAAGAAGAAAUUUCAAAACAGAAGUCCGCUUUAUAUGAUAUAGUUUUCGACAAGGUGGAAAGUUGGAAAAACAAUAAGACUGAUGAUAUUAGAUUUUUAUUAUCUAAUCUAUCAACUAUUAUUACAUGGACAGAAUGGAAACCAGUAUCAACGGCCGAUUUAGUCAUACCUAAAAAGGUGAAAAUCACUUAUCUGAAGGCAAUCACUAAAUUACAUCCUGAUAAACUCUCCAGCGAUUUAAGUUUGCAAAAUAGGAUGAUUGCAGAAAAUGUCUUUAGUGUGUUAAGUGUCGCAUGGGAGAAGUUCAAAGAAGAGAACAACAUGACAUAA